AUGUCAGAGUUUGAACAGCUAUACGAGAAGAUACACGUCAAGCCGCCGUUCAAUGAAGAAAAGGUGGUCCCGGUAGUGCACAGGGAAUCCGGCCGCAUAUGCGCACACAUGCGUAUCCCAUUAUCGACCCUGACAGACUCUUCUCGAAGCCUUGUAGAUAAGGAGAUAAUGAUAAUGGCCAGACUCACACACCCCGCCGUUUCAUCUUUCAAGCAAGUAAUCUACGCACAAGACGCCAUUCACAUUGUUAUGGAUUACCACGGCGUUGAGACCCUUCAGGAUUUCAUAGAUCGCCACCGUGAACUCUCUAAGAUAGUGGACGAGGCUACGAUAUGGUCCAUUGCGGCGCAACUCCUGGAUUGUGUCGUCUAUCUUCAUAGUAUGUUCAAAGCAAAUGCUGAUGGAGUUUCACGCGUCUAUCAUCAACACAUCUCUCCCGCUAACAUCACUAUAGAUCCAUUGCUAAAUCUGCGGCUAAUAGACUUUCAGGGGAUACGGCUCGCCAGAGACUCCACAUACAGACAGACCCUAGCAAGGUAUUCAGAUGUGGCUCCAGAGAUGCGGUCAGGGGCGCCAGGAACUGAUCGAUCAGAUAUUUGGGCCAUAGGUGCAACCCUGUAUUAUCUUGCUACCUUGACCCCAUUCAUGGACUCUGUGGCCUCCACUGGGUACGUUGUGGAUACCAGCAACAGCCCUCACGCAUUUCAGCUCAAUAAUUAUUCAUCAGAACUGGUGAAAUUUAUUACCCUGCUCUGUGCAGAUUCUCCAGCAGACCGGCCGUCUGCCAGUGACCUGAUCCAGUAUCCUGCAGUGAGGUCCGCACUACAAGACGUUGAAGCGCAAAGACGCCUGGCACAGACACCAGAAAAAGACCCUUACCUUCGUCAGGCGUAUGUUGCUUCUAACGUUAAAACGGUCUUAAUGCAAGCGGCCGAGUUCAAUGACCCUGUGCGAUGUAUUCAUAGGAUUAAUUAUGAGGCUCGCACAAAACUGGCAGAGACAAACGAAACCGCCCUUCAGCUAGCUCUGAAUGCUGGGAACUUACAACUUGCGCACCUCUUGACGCCCCUGGAGGGGUACCAAUUACCCCUGACCCACGAGAUGCUAGUUCGCACCCCGAGAAAGACGGAGCUUAUGCUUGCAGCAGAGAGUGGAAACAUAAUUAAGGCCUGGCAUUUUCUUAACGCACAAGCCAACAUUUUGGAUGUCAAUGGAAAGACAGCACUUAUGUAUGCAGCAGAAUGGGGGUACAUUUCAAUUGUCAGGCUCCUCAUCCUUAAGGAAUCCCGUCUUUCAAUGCGCGACUGUGGUUCAACGGCCUUAAUGCUUGCCACACGCAACGGACAUAGUCUUGUAGCUAGGAUUCUCGCUGAUAGAGAGUCGCGGCUUGUCAACAAGCAGGGGAUGUCUGCCCUCAUAUUUGCGGUGUAUCGUGGAGAUGUUCCACUAGUGCAAACUCUGGUAGACAAGGAAAGUCGGAUUACCGACCGCAACGGAGACACCGCUUUGCUGCAUGCAGUGCGGCUAUUGACUGUGGACGAAACUGUGUACGGUAUCCCUCAUGCAAGUCUUCUAGAGAUCAUCAAGCUCUUAGCUCCUCGCGAAGCUCGGUUCAUCAGCACUAGAGACAAACGGAGUGCUCUUAUGAUUGCAGCAGAGCAGAAUUGUUACGAAGCUGUGUCCAUUCUUGCAGAAUAUGAAACGCAUCUAAGAACAUCUAAAGGGUGGACGGCUCUCAUGCUUGCUGCUAAGUCAGGCGCUGUACAAGCGGCUCAGAUACUCGCAGAAAAGGAAGCGGGAAGCGUAAGCUACAACAAUACGUGUGCCUUUAAGAUCGCUGCUCUAAACGGCCAGACAGAGAUAUGUAAAAUCCUGUACAAUCUGGAAGGCCCGCUCGUGGAAACUACCUUUGGUUUUUCAUUCAUGAGCCUUGCUGCUACAAUCAACAACUAUCAGUACAUAGAAAUGUAUAAAGAACACUUUCUCCAGCAACGUGACGCAGAUGGGACAACGGCCUUGAUGCUCUCUGCCAUAGGAAACCAUAUAGAGACAACUAAAAUACUGCUGAAUGAUGAGGCUGGGCUCACGCGCAAGGACGGAGAGACCGCCCUCAGUCUCGCUCUGAAGGCAGGAAGCUUCGACACAGCGGCUCUUCUUCUUCGAGACGAGAGCGGCACAAUUGAAGUGUCGAAUAUGGAAUCAGGCAGGAAGACGGACCUAAUGCGGGCGGCCUCUUCUAAUGACAUCGUAAAGGUUUUCUACCUGAAGGACUCACAGGGCAGACUUACAGAUUUGGUUGGCAAGACAGCACUUAUGUAUGCUGCCGAAGCCGGGCACCUCCCGGCAAUCAAGAUUCUAGCCCCUAUAGAGGCAACAAUGACAGUGCAACAGAAUAACAAGUUUGUGGGGAUGUGUGCCCUCUCGUUUGCUAUCGACAAAAAGCACUUGCAUGUUGUUAGGUACCUGUUAAAAUACGAGAAGGAUUGCGUCGAUGGCUUCAAGCAAACAGCCCUAAUGCGCGCAGCUCGUAUAAAUAAUAGAGAAGCUGUCGAGAUGCUUCUCCCUUACCUGGCCAAAAGGAGGAAUGACAUGCAAUGGACGUCCUUGAUGCUCGCUGUUUCUGAGAAGUGCGUCGAUGCAGUCAGAAUCCUAGUUCAUAGCGAGGCCACCGAGCGCGAUGACAAGGGAAUGACGGCCUUGAUGCGAGCAGUUCAGCUCAACCACGUUGAAAUUGCUGACAUUCUAAUUCCAUAUGAGGCCAUGCUCACAAAGGAUGACGGCACAACAGCCCUGAUGAUAGCGGCAUCCAAGGGAUAUCUUGACCUAGUGAAGCUUCUGCACUAUAGAGAGGGCGGCCGUGUAACGCGGGAUGGAACCACAGCCCUAAUGCUUGCAUCAGAGGUAGGGUGCACGGAGGCUGUCUCCUUGCUACUGGAUACUGAAGCAGGACGGAAGUCCAACAAAGGGUGGACCGCGCUCAUCAUGGCGGCGCAAAAUGGGCAUGCAGACUGUGUGCGCGUGCUGAAAGCAAAAGAGGCUCGAGAGCGCGACUCAAUGGGUUGGUCGGCCCUUAUUUGGGCCUCUGCUAAAGGGCAUCUCAAAGUCGUUAUGGAGCUGCGGGAUUUAGAAGCAGGAGGAAAGCGUGCAACAGGUGGGACGGCUAUGAUGGCUGCUGCCGAGCGAGGCCACGUAGCAGUCGUCAAGGCCCUGAUGGACUACGAAGCAGGGAUGCAAGACAGCGACGGGAAAACGGCGACCAUCUAUGCUGCGAUUAACGGGCACGCAUCCAUUGUUCGCCUUCUUGUAGAAAAGGAGGCUAACCUUUGCGAUACACUAAAGCAGACGGCGCUUAUGUUUGCUGUUCAAAACAAGCAUGCUGAUUGCAUUCGCUUGCUUAUAGACUUUGAGCAGAACAGUCGUGACAUAUAUGGGAAGGCUGCUGCAGACAUGACCGACGAUCCGGCAAUAAAGAAGCUGUUUGAGUCCUCCCUCAGUGCAUCAACAGCACUGUCUAGGUCGACUACCUGUCAGCUAGGCUCCUCCCGAACGAUCACCAGCGGUGCGUCCAUUCUGGCAGUGGAGGCUGUUGAGGCUGCCAGCCACGAGAAUAGGACGGUCCAAAGCUAA